AUGGCACUUUUGGAAGAAGAAUUACGUUCAAUAUUGAAUUCCUUAUCAUAUUUGUCAGCCCAAGGGGAUCUCCCUGUUCAAACCUUUGCGACUUUGGUAAAGAACGCCCGAACUGAUGUUCUGGUUGAGCAUUUACAUCAGAGAUGGCUCUCCGAUUCAAAUUUUGGGAACGCCGCUGCAAGAAUUGUGGCUUAUAUUCAUCGAGUAAGUAAACCAGCAAACAAAUGUACGCAAAAUUGUUUAGGACAAUCCAAACGACAUGAAAUUACCAUCAAAAGUUUUGUCAUUGUCUCUGGAUGACUAUAAGAAGAGAUACGAAAUGAGGAGAAGUGAUCGCAAAAUGUUCAGAAAUUAUUGCCGAAGUCUGGUCGAGUUAAUGCCCAUAUUUUUGUAAGUAAGAAUGAAUUGAAGACAACUUUUUAUUUAGUGAUAUUGAUAAGUAUAUGGGCACCAGUCUGGUCCGUCCUCUCUUCGAUUGCAUGUUUAUUCUAACGGAGUCUAAUCCUGAUGACGGUGAUCUUCUAGUAAGUAUAACAUCACAAAGACAACGCUUUCAGUGUGUGGCGCAAAUUCUGAUAAGGUCAGGGCAACUGUUAUACGAAUUGGAUCCCCAUGUCUGCGAUAAGAUAAUCAUGAAAUGUCGCCUUUCCCUCUGCUCCAAUGACAUCCGUUUAAGCGAUUUGACAAGGUUCUCACUGCUUAAUGUAAGAUGAUUCAAGAUGAAAUCCUUACAGAGAAUUUAGGCGGCUGACCUUUGGACAUAUAGAUGGAAUUUGCAAGCAAUGCCAUACUGUCUACUACAAUUCUAUCAAGCACAAUACGAAGCCUAUCAUCUGAAUGAAUAUGAGGAUAAACGAUGGUUGCCUCAGGGCAUGUACCAAAGCUCUACAACAACGUUGGCACCUAGUUCGGUCUCCUCCUUCUCGAAAUUAACAAACGACGACUUUGAGAGUAUAGUUUAA